AUGGCGUCGGUGCCCGCGGUGCCCGAGUUCCGGGACGCCGACCAGUGCCGCCAGCACGGGCUCGAGAUUAUUCGGCCCAAGCCGCGACGCCUCGGAGACCUGAACCGGCCGCACGACACCAGGAUGCCCGCUGAGGGCGCCUCCCUCAGGGCGUCGCACCGGGACCUCAUCGGGGGCUCUGCUCCUUCGCUCACCAAGCUGUCCGUGCGCGACCUGUGGCCGAGUCCUUCGGGGCGCUCGUCGCACGAGGCGUCUCCCAGGUCUUGCCUGUCCGCCGCCGCGUCGUCUUCGUCUCCCGGUCCACCCGGGUCCAACCGCGCGACUCCCGUUCGCGAAACGCCCGUGUUGAGCAGCAGCAGUAGCGGCGCCAGCAGCAGGGCCUCGCCCGGUUCCCUGGCCCUGUCGGCGGCCACACGUGCCUCGCCAGCUCGCAACAAGCUGUCGGUGGCCGAGUCUGCCAUGACGCGCGAACAGGACGAGCAGCAGCAGCAGCUGGACGAGGGAUUCCCGCCGGAUCCAAACUUUUCCGUGUACCGUGACUCGGCCUCCAACACGGACUGCGGCUCGCUUAGCAAGAGUUCUUCGGACGGCGAUCCCGUCGUUUCACGGCGCAAGCCUCUCGCGAGGCUCAAGUCUCGUCGCCGCAACAUACUCAGCUUUCCUCUCAACCCCGAGGACCCGCGGUUAGGCAUGCGUCGCCACGACCUCUACGCCGGCGGAUCCUCUUCCGACGAGAACAGGUCAUCGGGUCAUGCCAGUAUGAGUGACGGUGGUCAGUCGUCGUACGCGAGUUCAACGUCGCCACCGACGUACCUGGACUUCGCCCGCGGGACGCCGUCGGCCACACCACUUACCAAAUCUCUGCACAAUGUGCCCGGACACCUCAAAGCUGUACCCGAAGACGAACGAGUCCCUCCGACGUCGAUAUCGGCGUCGCGUCUCUGUCGCCGAUCCCAGCCAUCGUCGUCGUCUUCGUCACACGGCCGUCGUGGAUACCGAAGUAGCAGCGGGGGCAGCUACGAACUCCACGAGAGCUCGGCCAACCUGGACGAUAUCCGGCAGGCCGUGGAACAGCUUGCCGCCCGAACGCAGCAAGGGACGAACAACAGCGGCGGCUACUCGACGUCCACGUACUCGUCGGACGCCGAGCCUGGCGGCGUUGGCGGGGGCGUGCGGAGGCUAAUGCGGCAUUCGAGUCUCGAGACCAUCGCCACCAACAUCACGAGCGCCGAAGAGUUCGUCUGGGUGGACAACCUGCAGUCCCGCCUCGUGGAAAUGCAGCGGCCGCCCUGGACUAACCACGACGUGCUGCGCGUUCUCCAGAGCGGCCGCCUUCGCGAGCAGCGUCGCAAGAUCUCCAUGGAGGUCGUGCCGCGGCUUUCAUUCCUCUUGCAGAGGCCCCUGGUGCGCGUCGCCAGGGAGGCUCAGAGGCUUUCGCGUCCGCUGGGCGUGUGCGGCAAACGGCAGGUGAGCGGUGCCCUGUGCAUCGUGUUGUCGCCAGCCCUGGCCGAGAGCUGCGUGAGUGCUUGCCACCGAGCCGCCGCUAUGUACACGUCAUCUUCGUGCGACCAGCUACGGCUGGGCAAGAGCGCCCGCGCCGGUCUGCAACUGCCCGUGGGCCGGUUUCAGCGCUGGGCGUGCGACGCCCGUUUGGCACCGUGCGUGCACGAGUACGGCGCCCUGUACCUGACGGCGGCCGCCGAGAACCUGCUGGAGGAACUGGUGCUUCGUUGCUUGGAGCCCGGAGCCACGCUGACGGCCGCCGCGCUCGAGGCGGCCAUCGCGAGCAGCGGAGAACUCUGGGGACUCUUCCAGCCGUUCGCACACCUCAACGCGGGAAGGACGGCCACAGGCGCUCUGUCGAUGCCUCGAUGGCCUCAGCAGCUUCAACAGUGCUCAAGUGGCCGCGGAGGCCAGGGCGUGGAUCCACAGCAGCCCCAGUCGCCGGGCCAGCAACCUUCGUCCAAGGAUGACCAUCACCGGAGCCCAUCGGCAGCGAGUGACGCCCAUGAACAGAGUUUUCUGACCACUUGCGUCGGGAGCAUCGCAGAGCUGAGUGAGCUCCUGGCAGCGGUGACACAGCUGUACCAGAGCCGCAUGGGUUCGCAGCGCCCUCCGCUCAGCUGGGGCCCUGGAGCCGUGCACGCGCUCUACCACUACAUGCGUUGUUCACAGCUCGAGCACGCCGAACAUGGAUCGUCCAGGCGUUCGGCGGGUCCGGAGCUCAUUUAUGAGAGGCCAUACCAGGUGCUCCCUCCGCUUGUGGAGUGGGUGCGGGUGGCGCACGCGCAUGCCGAGUACCGGCGGUCGCCCCUCGUGGACCAGGAUGACGUCAUGCAAGCUGCGCGCCUGCUGCUUCCCGGAGUCGACUGCCCCGUGCGGGCCAUAGGUGAACUUCACGAAGAACGUCUCCUGCUGCUUCGACGACACAGUUCGGCCUCGGCGGACGACGUGCAGCAGCAGCCCCAGGAGUGGGCGCGCCAACUGCAGACCGAGCUGGCGUUCAGGCUCGUCUCUCUGUGCGGUCAACAGGGCACGGGUGCGGCCGUGGUGUCUCAGGCGAUGGCGCUGCUGCCAGCGUCAACCCGACUGGACACCCGCGACCAGCGUGGCCUGACGCCGCUCAUGCUCGCUUGCGCCAGAGGAGACGAGGUCGCUGCCCGAGUUCUCGUCCAAGCAGGAGCCGACAUACACGCCGAGGCACCACUGUGCACGUCUCAAUGUCCACUAGCCAUUCCAGAAGUGCAGGGCUGGACAGCGCUUACGUUCGCCACCACACAAGGAAUGGCAUCCACUGUUCGAAUGCUUCUGGAGAAAGGUGCCAACGUCGAAGGCAGCUCAGCUCCAAAUGAGGAGAAGGUGACGGAAACUCCACUUCAGUUGGCUGUCGCAUUCAGUCACCUGGAGCUGAUAAGCGUACUGCUGUCGUACGGAGCAAAGCCGUUCUGUGCCACACCGUUCCUGGACGCGCAAAGCUACGGUGGUGCGCAUCCACGCGGCUGCUAUGGAGCAGCGGCAGUGGCGGCGGCACAUGGACGCCGCAGCGCGCUGCGAAGGCUGCUCGCCCAUCGCGCACUGCCGGAGGCCGACGAUCAAGGGGACGUGCUUUCUCUACACGAAAUUCUGGCCGAAGGUGCUGGGACCACGGACCGCAGGACAAUUAGAAGUAACAAGACAUCGAGCCCGGACGAAGGGCUGGAAGGAGGCGGCCACCAAGUCCAGCAGCGGAAAGCGGGCCAGCCUCUGAGUAAAGCACAUGUGAAAGCUUUGCAGGAAGCCAUGUACCAGAGCGCGGAGAAUGGAUACCUCGAGGUCACCUUGGAUCUCCGGAGCAUAGGUGUUCCUUGGACAUUACACUGCUGGAUGCAAACGUUGACUAUGGCUCAUGAGCAGCAACUUGAGAGUACUAUUGAUGAACUGCUGCAAGAUUUCCUACAUGUCUGGCCAGAAGAUUGCAGCACACAGUUUGUGGAAGACUGCCUGCCCCUGCUGUUCUCCAUCUUUAGGCAUAGCAAGAAUGAAGGCACCACCCUGCUUUUAGCAGACAUCUUCUCUGUUUGCUACGGAGAAGAGAGCAUCAAGGAAAUUCGGGACGUUUCACUCUCUGGUGGCGCAAGGAUAGACCCCAAGUAUGUCAACAAUCCUGAGAUGUCGGACGUGCAGUUCAGGGUAGAAGGUCGUGCCUUCUACGCUCACAAGAUCAUCCUGGUAAAUGCGUCACCUCGCUUCAAGGCAAUGCUCUCCUCAAAGUCGGCGGAGGGCAGCACGCCUGUCGUCCAGAUCAAUGACAUACGAUACGACAUCUUUCAGCUCGUCAUGCAGUAUUUGUACAAGGGAGGCUGUGAAGACUUCGACAUUGACCAAAACGAUGUGCUUGAGCUUCUAACAGCGGCCACGUUCUUCCAAUUGGAUGGCCUCGUUCGCUUCUGCGAGGCACGCUGUUCCAAGUGUGUUGACCUGGACAACGUGGUCGCCACUUACGUGCAUGCCAAGGUCUACAAUGCAGUCCAACUUCUCGAGUACUGCCAGGGUUUCCUGCUGCAGAACCUGGUCGCGCUGCUCAGCUACGAUGACGGUGUACGGAAGUUGCUCUUCGGCAAGCGGUUACACAAUCACGACGUUCUUAGCGGCUUGCUACUCACGCUUCAGGCUAGAGUCAAGCAGCGGGUAGCCAUGUCCAAGUCUCUCGCCGGCAAGCGGGCUUCCACCAACAACGAUGCGAAGAUGAGGCUAGUCGGUCCCAACAAGUAAAUGAUGGCCGCCACAAACGUCCAGUCAACGGACAUAAGAUCAGCAAGGCAGAAGCGGUGACUUGAAUGAGUAUGCACCAUGAGAUGACAUUCUGCCUGAGCUCUGCCACUGUCACUGAAAGAAACCAACAACACCAACAAAAAUACAGUGAAGAAUCCGGCCAUCAUGUGACUCGCAUGCGUCAGAACUCUAAAGAUGGCCAGCAUCUUGUGAACUUCUACUCACCCACGCCCUGCUUCCAUGGACACAAAGAAAUGUUGAAGUCUACAUAUGCAAAUAUUGCUUCCCUCAUGUUCUCGAGAACUAGCACAGCUGUCCAGCAUGCCUUAAGCAUCUGUGAGAAGAAAAGUGAAUUUGUGUCUUCAUCAUUUCGUGCUGUAGUAGAUGGUGGGGUAACACUGCCUUGUGGGGUGGGGAUGUGAUACCACUGUAGGUAAUGCGCUCAGAGAUUUUUCGGCUUACUUUGGUUUGCACUUAACUUGGCGCGAAUGUCAUGAGUGCCUUGGCAGCCUUCAUGGGUGCACUAAAGUCUACGAUUGUUUGCCUCUGUAGUGGGAUUUUGAAUCUCUAUGUGUUUAGGGCUCAGCGCUGCCUUGAGUCGUUUCCUGUGAACGACGUUGACUAUGAAGGGGACUGUCUUUUUUUGUUUUUUUUACAAUACUGUACUCAUCCUUCUUGCUGAGACAUUGCGACUCAACUAGAACAUUUUUGUGUUCCGUGUAUAGAGACUGUGCCCCUAGAUGACCUUGCAUUCAAGCUUGCAAGAAGUGGCAUACCAGUACCGGCCCUGACAAAGAGGGAAGUUUGAUCAUGGCUCUGUUCUUUGGCAUGACAAUGAAAACCCUGCUAGACAUUCUAAAUGUAUUUUUUAUGUAUUAAAACGGGACAAAUAUUAUGCAGCCUAAUAGGACUACAGCUAGAAGUUUCUGAAAAUUGGAACUUUACCGCGUGCUCGUGAGUGGAUGUCCGAAGUUUGCUUCAGAUUUUGUGUGUAUUUUAUGCGUUCUUUUCAACUACAAGGUUUCUUUAGUUGGUAUCUAAAAUUAUCAGGACUAACGUAGCUGCCAUCUCGAGGUGCGAGAUGAUGAAAUAGUGCCAUGUCGUGAAGUGUUAUCUUGACGUGUUCACAUGCAAAAGUGGGUCGUUUAAAGCUCUGACGUGGUGUGCUAUUCGUGUCCAUUCCUGAGUAGCGCUAACGUUAGAGUUCGCUUUUGCGUUUCUGGUAUGAAUCGUAGGCUGCCAACGUGGCGUAGUCAGCACCGAUGCUCUAAAAGAUGGUCCUUGGUUGCAGAUACUGUUUAGGGGCCAGUGCCAUAUCACGUGGUCCGUUCACGUAUUCGGAGCUGCUCGCUAGUUCCCAACUCUGUCUGAAGGUGCCGGUAGGACUGUUACUGAAAUCGGUGCGUCAAGUUGUAGCCGCGUAUUACAGUAGACUCCCAAUAAACAAAACCUGAAGGGACCAGUAAAAUGUUUUCGUUUAGCAGGAGUUUCGUUUACUGAGAUAUAAACAGGGGCACAAAAUGCAGGAACGAAACCAAUCUAAUGUGCAGCUAAUGUGCAGGCAUAUGGUUUAUGAGCUACUGAUACCUUCAAAAGCUGAUUUUCGUGAUGCUGAGAAAUACACCUUUAAAACUACCACAUUUUAUUCAUAUACAGUACAGACGCACUCGAACAAAAAAAUGAAAAUAAAUUAUGAGUAUGGGCACAACAAAGGACCGCCGUCUUUGAACAAUACAUGCGAAGGCAUUCUAUUGUCAGCUAUGUGCCUUCACUGCAUCCUCGAGAAAAUAAGGUGCAGUUUUCAAAACUAACAGCUCAAAAAGUAGCCUGUGUUUUCAAUUUUGCGUUGACUGCCUAUACUCUUUGCAAAACUCAAUGCAUGAGAUUGAGAGAAAUGCGUUUCCCUGUUUAAGCUGAGUGUCUAACAAAAAUUGCGCGCCCUGGUCAAUGUGCUUGUUAAUUGUUUCUUGUUAUGACAAUGACGUUCACGAAACAGGCCGAGCAGUAGUUCGUAAAUGACUUUGUUUUCACUUCUGACGUUGAUUGACAGAAGUGUUGUAUUGAAACAUUCUCGUUUUGCAACGCUUUGGUCUUUUAACAAUAACAGUAAACGUCCCUAGAAGAUUCCUCUAUUGACACUAACAUUCCGUGUGGGACCAAUAUAAUGGCUUGAACAUGCCUGACUACGUGUAAUACUUAUUCACCAACCGGCGUCUGUUUUUCCAACUGCCCAGCGGAACUGGCCAGUCGCGGCAUGUCGGGAUGGCUUUGCAACCGCAAAACAGAUGGGAACAUAAUCGUUGCCGAAAUGAGUGCUGAGGAAUGCAGAGUUCUCUUGAGUUUGUAAAUAGUUUCAUGUCUUUGGUGCACAAUUUAAUGUGAAUGGAGAAAACAAUUGUGUGCUCUUAGACUCAGCCCUGGUAAAAUACUCGUCCUGAGUUGUCUUUUGUGGUUGCCAUUUUGGAUCCUGUAAGUGUUGUGUGAAUGUGUGUUUAUAUUUGUGCAUAAUCUAAAGUAGUAAUGAGCGUAUCAUUGUAGUUGCUGUCAGGAGUGACUUUGAGUGCUCUCUUCCCAGUGCUGCAAAAAAAGAUCGCUGGAUACUGAAUUUAGAUUUUCAUUCUGUGUGUGUUAACAGGUUUUUAGUCCACAGGAAACCAUCAGUAAUGAUAUGAAAAACAUAUCAGGGAGAGCGGCGUAUGGACCAGAUAAUUUCAGAAGUGACACGCGUGACGCGCAGUGUCUAACACUAGGCAAUAACUCACUGCAAUUUUCUUUUCUUUAUUGAGUACAACUCAAGCUGGAUAGUUUGUCAAUUUAUUGGAAAAAAAAAGUCGACUGAUUUUACAACAGGGAUUCACUUGCUUUGGACCUUAUGCAAUAAUAGAUUUUCUGAUAUCGAACAUACUUUAGAAGACUUUAUGAGUGGUAUUUAAAAAAUGGCAAAGUAUCAAAGAAUGAUUGAGGCAUCAUCUGUUUAUAGGACGUGUCUAUUGUCUCUCCCUGCUUUGAAGUGUUUGGUGCUGAAUUGUAAUUGGGUGGUUCCCAUACUAUUUUCUGAUAUUUCAUACGCGACCUAUCAUUUGGCUCCUAAUAUCUCCUAAAUCAAAAACUAUGUGUUCUUCUGAAUUUUUUUCAAGUAUUUGCUGUUUUAGUAUGUCGCACUCUUAUAACAAAAAUGUUAUAAAUAGUUUUUUUUGUAGUUACUGAUAAUAUACGUUGUCAAAAUAUUCCCUGCACGUGCGCUGAACUAUUCCUUCGUAGCUGAUGAGAGAAAAAUACUGGUAUCGCUUCAAAAUGGUCAAUUUUUCCACCUUGUAAAAAAAGAUGUUAAAUCAGAUAAAACAUUUUUUCUCGGUUUUUCAUAGGGGCAAGAACUUUGAACAUGAAUGACGUCGAGCUACACGACAGAAAUUUUAACAUUGCUAAUAAAAAUAUCCUCGAACGAAGGCCAACAUAUUCUCCGCUUGAAACGUGUUUCUAGGCCAGUUUGGUAACACUACUUUGAUAAUCUCUCAUUGGCCAGCAUUUCUUAGCCAUUUUAGUGCAGCUUUAUGAGCACUCAUUGAAGGUUUGUUCGGGGACACUGACAUUUAUCAUGGGACUAAUGAAUUGUGUUCAGUCUAUUAUUAUGUUCUGUGGCCUUUUUAAGAGAAACUUUUUUCCUCCAUGUGUUUACAUGUGGUACGUUAUCUUACUGCAAUGGAACGUUUUGUUCAAGCGACCCAAACGACAAUGUCGUCUCAUCCAACAUAAGUGGGACCAAGAAAAGACUUGCACAUUCACUCAUGUUCAUGUGCCAAACGAAGCCCAGCUUCAGAGCAUUACGAUACCCAUGCCUAAUACAUGUCAUUUCCUUCACAUCUGUGUGUGUAACCUAGGACUAUUUAAUAAUGUGAUCAUCUACAGUAGCAUAAGUUGCAUUUAGUUUCACAUCAGAAUACUUGCGCGUUAGCGGACUGGAUACUUCUUAUUGUUUGCAACUAUAUACCGGAAAUAGUGAGUGCGUAUUUACGAUAAACGUCUUAGUGAACUCACCAGUCGAGCAGCUUUAGUGCCAAACAGGCAGCCUGCAAAUGCGAUGAGUCGAUGUCAAAAACCGAACCUAUGUUUUUUACGUUGAAAUCGCAUGAGUGAACUGUUAAGUAUCGAUAUGGAUGUGGUGAGGCACUGGAAUGAUAUGAAAUGACUGUUUGAUGUCACUGCACUCUCAAGAACACAAGAUGGUCUAAAUUUGUGAACCCCUCCAUUGCGUUGUGAAUAAUCAUAUCGUGGUGUUAACUGGUAAAACUAAAGAUAUUGCUCUUAUUAUUCACGCAGACUUCGUUUUUCACUUUGGGCAAGAUUUCGCUUUGUCAGAAUUGCGUUGCAGAUUUGGGAAAAGCAAACAAAAAAAGAGAGAAAUGGAACUCAAUUGGCAGUUUGAUAUUGUUUCGAGAACUUCUAUAAUGCAGAACCUGCAAAGACGUUGGAAUGCUUUUGAAGGUAUCUUAGGUUGGCUAGGUUGUCUAGGGUUAUUUGCAGAACAAUGCAAGCUGCUGGACAUGCGAAACUCAAUGUCCCGGCAAAGCAACUGUUCUAGCGUGAGGUCCUAUGUGUUUCAUUUUACUGUCCUGCCUUGAUGUUCAUUUAAAUACUUCGUUGCCAGGUGGUGUCACUGUGCGAUGAUAAAAUUCACAGCUGGGAACAUUAACAUUGCUGGUUAAGAACACAAACGAAAAGAAAUGGUCGUCAUCCUGAAAGCUAACUGUUCUACAUCGUCGCCCCUUUUCUACACUAUUCAUGUUGGUGAAGCAAAGGGUAUGCUAGGAUGAUGUGUCUCGUGGUAGUAGGCCUAAAUAAACACAAAAAAGAAUACUCAUCAAUGUCCUGUGAAGUGUUCACGUUGCCACUGUGCAUUAUUUCAUUUUGAUAAUAUUUACGGUGAUUACUAAGACAGCCUUGUUGGCAAACUACCUCAAUGCGCUUCUUCCGUAUCGUUUAUCCAUUUAUUUUUAUAAUUAUACGAAGCGUAGUAAUUAAAUGCACACGCCAUGUCGGAACCUUGUACAUAAAAAAACUCCUGUCAUCCCACCGAAAUCAAAUUUCUGUGCCUAACUUGGACAAAAAGAAAAAAAAAAAGGUCGUGACAAUCAUAGUCACGACUUAGACAAUCGCUACUGCGCUAGUUCAACCGCCGAAGAGAUUCGGUACAUAGCUUUGUAAAUUGAUUUUCUUUCUUUUUUUUUCCUUGCGCUUGCAUACAAUAUUUUUUGCCGCCAGCGCUGUGUGUUUCCUUAAUUUGUCUAAAAUUGUGUACCACUACCUGGCAAAUGCCGAGCGCAUAAUGGCUAGAACAAGAACAUUAUACUCACUUAACAAUUAUGUUCGGAGGGAGGGAGGGUGUAUUUGUGUAAAGCGUUUGGCUAGUUUAUGUUUGUUUUGUGUGUCUGUGCAUGUUUUGUCGAACCUGCAGAGUUUGUUCUACCUGUGUUUUUAAUUGAUGCAUGCAACGUGUCCCUUAGUUUGGAGCUUUUUGGGCACUGAAAAAUGAGUCAACAACGAAAAAAAAAGAAUAACCACGAAUACAAAAUGCGGAGCUUGUGUAGCUCUCAAAACUGCUUUGUGUUUUUUUAAAUAACUGACUGGUAAGAAGAAUAACACCAGUUUUCAGUGCCUGUGAAUCGAAAAUAAAGUUUUUUUUUUCAAGAA